CCCAGCUCAGCGGGAGUUUGCCGCGUGAACCGCUGAAAGCGCCGACGGAUGAAUGAGCCUCCCACCGGGCUGGGGGGCCCCGGGGCUCCGGGGCCCCGCGGGCCUGAGAAUCUCGCGGACGCUCCCCGCAGCCUGGGGCGCGCCGGGUCCUUUCCGCGAGACGUGGGGCGCGGGGCUCCCCUGGCUCCUGGCUCCCGGAAUCCCGCGGCGACUGCGGGGGCGAGCGGAAGCCGGGGCGGCGCUCCCGAGAACCGCCCGGUGGCGGAGAACCUGGACUGUGAGCCCUGGGUCAGAGAGAAAGUGCUCUUUCUUCUGCACCCAGAGAGAUGGUUGGGGACUCCAGGGGACCCUGCGCGGGAAGAAGCGGCCGGUGAGGAGGACUUCUUCCAGGCGGCCGGAGACGACCGGGAACCCAACUGCCCUUCCCUCUUUCCGGGAAAAAAGGGAAUUUCUGGCAGCCGUGUAGACGCUCCGUUCGGAGCCCCGCCGCAGGACCCCGCAGCCCCGCCCAAGUCCGUGCUCGUGCGGAUCGUGGACUAUCAGGUAACAGAGGAAGUCCUGUGGACCGCCUGGACGCAGGGCCGCAUGACCAGGCGCACGGAGGAGCACUCCAUGACCGCGAUCACGUUUCGCACCAACAGGGAAUGAAGCCGGCUGUGGGGCGCCAGGCCCCCCGAGGACCCCGGGCUCUCUCCCCGUGGGGAGAGGCACCCCGCGUCCACUCUGCGGAGAGGUCACCUCGCGGUCCCCGAGGACUUGAUUGCCGGAGGAUGUGAAACAGGAAAGGAGAGCCUGAGGAAUGUUGCGAGCAGGUGGUUGAGCAAUAAUCCUUAAAAGAAAAAUUCUCUCCUGGGAACGCCAGCCUGUAGUUAUCCAACGGGAGGACUUUUUAAAAGACUGGGGCAGCGCUUCUGGGAGGCGGAUGUCACUCCAUACAGAAUGAAGAACAGUGAGCAACACAAUACCUCCUUUGUGUCUUAAGUACUGUGACGGCCUGGGGACCUAAGUCAUUGAGAAGAGGGGCAGGAAAGGUAUUUUCAGAUUGGUAAAAUGUGAGCCUUUUGAAAUAAGAAAAUGGUUUUGUUAAGUCUCAUUUUGCAAUACAUCUCAAUUGAUCUCUUUGCUGCUUCCGUAAUCUAAGAACUAAAAUCAGAAGUGCAGUUUGAGGUCUGCUCUCUAAAGGGGAUGGGAGUAGAUGAGGAGAGCGGCUUCUUUUAAAGCUGAAAAAGAAAGUAAAAAGAAAUGGGAAAAUUAAAGUAGCAAGUAAACAAAAUAUUUUCUUUUUACUUUCUUCUGAUGUGCACAUUUUUCUUUUUUAUUUCAUCAAGUGUUAGGGAAAAAAAAACAAAACUAGGAAAAGAAGAGGGAGAACAUAAGACCCAGCUUUGAAGGUGAGAUGCCAUUUAAAUGGGCUUUAUACUCCAAAGUAUUUAGUCUAGUAAAAAUACUUUUUAUCUGGUUGUUAUUUAUUUUAAAGUUUUAAAUACGGUAGGUAAAUCGGAUCUCAAGGUAGAUAAUGUAUAGUUUGGUUUACAUGAUUUGUGUAUCUUACUCAUGUCCUUAGCUCCUUAUUAAUAACAUUUGUAUGCAAGACUGGAUUGCAAAUGCGUCUCUCUUGAUGUGUUGGAAAAGAAAAAUUUUUUCUGGUGCUAUUGAAAUAACUCAUUUUAUUUGUUCCUUUUUUUUUUUUUUUAUUAAAUACUGUUGUCAUGAACUCCUUAGUAGUGUGGCCUGGUUUGGAGAUCGGUGAGAAGCAAAGAUGUACUACUGGACUUCAGCUGUGCUGAAGGAGUCUUUGGUUACUUCAAGAAUGAACAAAACAAAAUGGGACUCCUGGCUUUUGAGGAGUAAACUGUUGAACAGUGCCCCCUACCUCAUUCCUCCCUCUUUGCCCUUUAUUUUCAAUUUAGAGCUUGAAAUGUCCUCAGAUAUCAUCUGAUCCUCUUGCCUCCUGGCAGAGAAGAUAGGUAAGAUACAUCCCUGUUUUACAGAUGACCUAACCUAGGUAUAGAGACCACAUGGCUUGGGUAGGUCACACAACUAGUAAUUGUGUACACUUACUAAGUAGGUAAGAAUACAAUCUCCCUUCUAAAGGUUUGAGAAUGGCCUUCAGAGGGACUUACUUGUAGGGAGUCAAAACAUGACAGAGCAUCCUGAGUUUUCUGACUCAUGUUUAUGGAAGGUGCUAGAAUCACCUUGAUGCCCCAGAGUCCUACAAGGUCUUUUGGCUGGAGGAUCACCACUGGCAGUUCUUAGGACCAUGAGACCCACACUGGAGAAAAGAAUUCAGCACCUGACCUCAUCUCGGUUCAAAGCUGCUUGGUAGAUAGAAAGGGUAAUAUAAGCCCUGUAAAGUGAAUUAUCCUUUACUCCAACAAACUUGUCUGGCCCCUAUGUGAAGUUAAAUUUCUUUGGUAGACAGUUUUCAGGACUGAAAAUUAAUUUAAUGAAUUUGGUUGUGAGUCAUUAUAUGCCCCAGAUGACUGAACAUUGAAUUUAUAGUCAGCAAGGAAAGCCUCCUCAGCAUUGACCAAAAUGUCAUUUUGUUGCCUUCUGUAUGGAGGCAAACUCUGAAGUUCAGUUUUUGGGUUCAAAACUGUCCCAUUUCUUACUGUGACUUUGGACAAGUGCUUAAUCUCUAUGUGCCUCUGUGUCCUUAUUUAUUAAGUAGGAAUAAUAAAUACCAUCAACCUCA